CAACAUGGCAGCCAAAACUCAUCAGUGAUGCUGGACAUUCAGUAUGCCCCAAAAAACACAUCAGUUUCAGCAAUUCCCUCCAGCUCUGUGUUGGAGGGCAGUUCAGUGACUCUGAUCUGCAGCAGUGAUGCAAAUCCAGCAGUGUUGAACUACACCUGGUCCAGAGAGAGUGAAGGACAGUUGGAGCAGCUGCAGACUGGACACACUCUUACCAUCAAUAGGACCGACCUGAAACACAGAGGCUGGUACCACUGUACAGCUCAGAACAAACAUGGCAGCCAAAACUCAUCAGUGAUGCUGGACAUUCAGU